CGCCAUUCUCUAAUGAACAGCAGCAUUGCCCAGACUGGGACCCUAAAUAUAAAGCUACAUUGGCGCAAGUGCUGCUGGGAGGGGGAAGCAGUUUCCUCAGCACCGCACCUGCAGCAACACAGCUUGGAACUAAACAGGACAGCUGCACCCGGUGUCACUAUGAACAUUGAUGUGGAUUUUCACAUUCGCCAGAAUUACCCCUGGGCCAAACUACCCGCCAGUGUGAGACAGAACCUGGGAAACUCCCCCAACGAAUAUGAAAAACAUGUCAUACUGUACAGUAUCCGAAAUCAGCUGAGGUACAGGGCUCAUUUAGUGAAACACGUAAAGAAGGACGAACGCAAGUACUAUGAGGAGCUACUGAAAUAUAGCAGGGAUCAUCUCAUGCUCUACCCAUAUCACCUUUCUGAUAUCAUGGUAAAGGGCCUCCGUAUAACACCCUUUUCCUACUACAUCGGAAUAAUGGAGGACAUUAUGAACAGUGAAAAAAGUUAUGAUUCUCUGCCGAAUUUUACAGCUGCCGAUUGCCUGAGACUACUUGGCAUAGGAAGGAAUCAGUAUAUUGAUUUGAUGAACCAAUGCCGAUCAUCCAAGAAAUUCUUCCGAAGAAAAACUGCCCGGGACCUCCUUCCAGUGAAGCCAGUGGAGAUAACUGUGGAACCUUGGUGGGUGGUACAAGCUGGUUACAUCACUGAAGAUGACAUCAAGAUGUGUAGCACAGCGGAGAAAAGAGCCAUUGAUAAAAUAAUCGAUUCAGGACCUCAGCUUGCAGGAUCUCUGGAUUACAAUACUGUUCAUAGCCUUUACAAUAAAGGAUUUAUUUAUCUUGACGUGCCAAUCUCCGAUGACAGUUGCAUAGCUGUGCCCCCUCUUGAAGGUUUUGUGAUGAACCGGCUUCAAGGCGACUACUUUGAAACGCUUCUCUACAAGAUAUUUGUUUCAAUCGACGAACAUACAAAUGUAGCAGAGCUUGCAAACGUUUUGGAGAUUGAUUUAUCAUUAGUGAAGAAUGCCGUCUCUAUGUACUGCCGCCUGGGAUUUGCCCUUAAGAAAGGACAGGUCAUAAACACAGAUCAGCUUCAUCCAUCCUGGAAUAACGUUCCGUCUGUUAAUAGACUCAAAAGUACACUGGACCCGCAGAAGAUGCUCCUUUCCUGGGAGAGUGCAGAAAACAAAAGUCUCAUACAGGACCUGGCGUCUUCUGUAACAGACACUGAUACCAACAGCCAAGAGGACCAAGCCGACUCAACCAGUGUUAGCAGCCUGACACUAUCCAGCGGGCACACCAAACGAAUUGCUUUCCUGUUUGAUUCUACCCUCACUGCCUUUUUGAUGAUGGGAAACCUUUCCCCGAACCUAAAGAGUCACGCAGUUACCAUGUUUGAAGUUGGCAAACUGUCAGACGAGUCUUUGGACAGCUUCCUUGUUGAGCUGGAAAAGGUUCAAAGCACAGGGGAAGGGGAAGCACAGAGGUACUUUGAUCAUGCACUUACUAUGAGAAACACUAUCCUUUUUCUACGACAUAAUAAGGAUCUUGUGACACAACCUGAGCAAGUGAACACAGGUUUACCUCUGGAUCUCCUGCGGUGUGAAAGCCUUUUGGGAUUGGAUCCUGCGACUUGCAGUAGAGUCUUAAACAAGAACUAUGCACUCUUGGUUUCCAUGGCACCUCUAACGAAUGAGAUCCGGCCAAUCAGCAGCUGCACCCCUCAGCAUAUUGGACCUGCUAUUCCUGAAAUUAGCUCCAUAUGGUUUAAACUCUACAUUUACCAUGUAUGCGGUCAAGGACCACCAUCACUUUUGCUUUCGAAAGGAACCAGACUCAGGAAGCUGCCACAUCCAUUUCAGAUGUACGACCGGCUGCUAAUAACCUCGUGGGGACAUGAUCCUGGUGUAGUUCCUACAUCUAAUGUAUUAGUCAUGUUGAAUGAUGCUUUGACUCACUCUGCAGUUCUCAUUCAGGGGCAUGGACUUCAUGGUAUGGGAGAAACUGCACAUGUGCCCUUCCCUUUUGAUGAGGAAGAGCUACAAGGAGAAUUCUCCAGUGUUAACAUGGGGGUACACAGAGCCUUUAAAAUAUUAAUGGACAAGCUGGAUUUGGAACAUUGCUGUGGCUAUAUCACAAUGUUGAACCCUUCCAGGCCUCGUGUGAUCCAGAGAAGACUGAGCAACACUUCCAAUGGAAAAGAUGAUCCAUCUCUAGCCUUGCGUUCAGAUGCCAACAGCAGCACAGAGUCCUUCGAGCUUGUGAGUGAGGAGACUGCAAUAGAUUCAGGAAUGAAAGCACACAAAGUAUCAAUGGUUGAAAAAGACUGGGUGCCCCUGGAGCUCUGCUAUGGAAUCCCCCUGUUUGCUUCAGAACUGAAUCAGAUGGUGUGUAAGAAGAUUGCUGCACACGGGCUCUGUGGGAAGGAGAGCCUUCAAAAUCUUCUCCAUUCCAGUCGGAAACUUUCCCUACAAGUUCUCAAUUUCGUUCAAUCAUUCCAGGAAGGAAACUCUUCAUUUGAACAGCUGCUGGAGUCGAACAGUGGGAGUAUGUCUUCACAGGCUUCCCCGGCAGACCUUGGCGUUCCACUGCCAUCCAAGAACUUGAUAUUCCUCAAUGGCAGACUUUCCGAAUGGAACGGACAUGGCCCUUUAUCUUUGCACAAUGUGUAUAUACCCAGUGAGCAAACCUAGCUCUGAAUCUAGCGCUUUGUCCAACACGUGCUACGUUGACGUUAGUAUUUAUUGCUGCAUUGUGGGUUGUGUUCUGACCUCCUGAGAUCAGGAACCUGCCCACGUGAUUGCAUAACUGUGUGGCCUGCACUUUAACACAUUCUCUGGAUGUCAAUUUACAUUCCUAGGUCUGCUUUUUGUAGUUUCUGUGGGCUGGAUCAUAUCACUGUAACAUAUACUUAAAGGAGAACUAAACUCUAAAAUUAAUUGGCUAAAAAU